CACCACGCGCCGCCGCCGCUGCUGCCCCCCGGCCCGCACAAGGGCCCCGACGGCCAGGCCGCAGCCACGCGCCGCUCCCUGGACGACCUGUCGGCGCCGCCACACCACCGCAGCAUCCCCAACGGCCUGCACGAUCCCUCGUCCUCGUACAUGAGGCAGCUGGAGACCAAGGUGAAGCUGCUGGGGGGUGACGGCAAGCUGCUCACACAGCAGGCAGGUUCUGGAGAGUUCCGGAUGCUAAGGAAGGGCUUUUCGCCGUACCACUCGGAGUCUCAGCUCUCGUCCCUGCCGCCCUCCUACCAGGAUGCCCUGCAGAACGGCCCAGCCUGCCCUGAGCUGCCCUCCCCGCCCUCAACUGGCUACAGCUCCGCUGGACAAAAGCCCGAGGCUGUCAUGCACGCCAUGAAGGUCCUGGAGGUGCAUGAGAACCUGGACCGGCAGCUCCAGGACAAUUGCGAGGAGGACCUGAGUGAGAAAGAGAAGGCCAUCGUCCGCGAGAUGUGCAACGUGGUCUGGAGGAAGCUGGGGGAUGCCGCCAGCUCUAAGCCCUCCAUCCGACAGCACCUGUCUGGGAACCAGUUCAAGGGGCCGUUGUAG